CAUCUUUCUCCUUUGCUUUAUUCUAGGCUCCUGCGAGUCUGCUAAAAUUAGCUACGCACGACGUUGCUGUCAUGGCUCAACCAGCAGUGUCCUCUUGUAUUGAUUACAAAUGGAAGUAUGACGUGUUUCCUAGUUUUCAUGGUGAAGACACUCGGUUAAGUUUCGUUAGCUUUCUUCGCGGAUCUCUACAUGAAAGAGGAAUCCGUGUCUUUAUGGAUGAUGAGCACAUCAGAACGGGAGAAGAAAUAACACCAGCACUUAUCAAAGCCAUAAGAGAAUCCAGGAUAGCUAUCAUAGUUUUCUCCGAGAACUAUGCCAACUCAACAUUCUGCCUGCAGGAACUUGUAGAGAUUCUCGAGUGCUUUAAAGAAGAAGGUCGGUUAAUAUAUCCAGUAUUUUACUAUGUGGAUCCAUCAGAGUUGCGACGUCCGAGAGCAAGCUAUGCAGAGGCUUUGGCUCGAUUGGAGAAAAGAUUUAAGGACAACAAACAACAAGUAGAAAAUUGGAGGUUGGCUUUGUCCCAAGCAGCUAAUUUGAAAGGGUGUCAUCUCAAAGCCAAGAUUGCAAAUGAGCAAGAACAUAUUACAGAGAUCACCAAUGAAGUAUCAGCGAGGAUUCAUCGUAUUCAUAAUCAUUUACACAUUGAAGGAGAUCAGGUGUUAAUGCAUGACGUGAUUGAAGAUAUGGGUAAAGAAAUUGUUCGACAAGAAUCACCAGAUGAACCCGGUAAACGAAGUAGGUUAUGGUUCUACCAAGAUAUUCUUCAUGUUUUAAAUCGAAACACAGGAACCAAUAAAGUGGGAGUCAUAUUUCUAGACCUACCUGAAGACUUUUCUGAAGAUAAUGAAGUACAAAUGCAAUGGAGUGGAAAGGCAUUCAUGAAGAUGACAAAUCUCAAAAUCCUUGUGAUAAAAAAUGCAAGCUUUAUUUCAAAAUGCCCCACACAUCUUCCAAAGAGUUUAAAGUGGUUGAAAUGGAAGGGGUAUCCUUUCAAGUUUUUGCCGCAUAAUAUUUGUUCAACAGAACUUAUUUGUCUUGACUUGUCGAAUAGUUGUUUUGAUACACUCCAGCCAUUUACGAAGAAGUUCCACACUUUAAGCCGCAUGAAUUUUAGAAAUUGCCAAUUUCUACAACAAAUUCCAGAUUUAUCUGGAGUUUUUAAUUUAAGAGAAUUGUGGCUUGAUGAUUGCACAAAUUUAGUUGAAAUCCAUCAUUCAGUUGGGUGUUUAAAUAAAUUGAAGGAAUUGAGUGCCAUGCGAUGCAAUAGCUUGGAAAUUUUGCUUCCAGACCUUAGACUGGUAUCUCUUGAGAAUCUCAACCUCUAUGGUUGUUCAAGGCUCUAUAGUUUCCCAGAGAUAUUGAUUGAGAUGAAAUAUAUGCGAAAUCUUCACUUGGGUAGAACAGCCAUUAUUGUGUUGCCAUCUUCAAUUUGUAAUCUCAUUGGACUUGAAACCUUAAACAUAGAGGAAUGUCCUUAUCUUGAGCAACUACCAACUACCAUUUGUUUGCUGCCAAAUCUUUGGGAGCUAAAUGCAACUUCUUCUAAAGUAUUGUCUCAUAUAAAGAUGUAUAAGGAAGGACAAGAAGAAAACUUGGAUUGCUAUGCACUGUCUUUGAAAUUGGAACGUUUUUGCUUCUCAAAAUGCAAUUUAUCAGAUGACUCUCUUGCUCUUUGCCUCUCUCACUUCACUAAUAUGAUACAUUUAGAUAUAAGCUUCAGUAGUCGUGUUACGACCCUUCCAGCAUGCAUCAAGGAAUGUCACCAUUUGAAAUAUCUUUCCCUGGAUCAUUGCAACCGACUUCAACAUAUUGAGGAGAUGCCACCAAACUUGGAAAAAUUCAGUGCCAUAUGUUGCAUGUCAUUGACAAAAAGAUCUGAAAGCAGAGUAUUGUAUCAGGUACUCAACUUGCAACCUGGGAAAACAAACUUUAUCUUUCCUGGAGGUAAAUUCCCAGAAAAUCUUGAUAGUUAUAGUAGGAGAAGCUGUGUGUCUUUUUGGGUUCGUGAUGUGUUUCCAACAAUUUUUAUAUGGAUUCUUGUGAAACAAGAUCAGGAUUUUCUCUUCAGUUGUUCAUUCUUGGUGCACGUCAAUGACGUCAAGCUAGAUAUUUCUUCUGAGUGGCUUCUGUUUCCAUCAAGAGCAAUGCCCAAGAAAUGA